CACUGGGGUGGAUUUUAAGGUCCAUUCCAACCCAAACCAUUCCAUGAUUCUGAGCAGGACCUCCUUGGGUCUCUGAACCUACUGAACCACUCAGAGAUGGGGAUUCUCAGCUGAGCUAAAGCUGCACCUUCAAGUGUCAGAAACAGCAUAAUUAGCAAGGAUGGCCAAGCUGCAGAACUUCACUUGGGCAGUGGAAGAUAUUUUCAAGGAAACCUUCCUCAAUUACAUGAACAGCUGGAGGAGGAACAUGACAGAAGCAGCGAAUAAACUGCAGGCUGAGGUGGCUGCUGAAAACUUUGACUACGUUAUCCUCUACCUGAUGGUGAUGAUUGGGAUGUUCUCCUUCAUCAUCGUGGCCAUCCUGGUGAGCACUGUGAAAUCCAAGAGGAGGGAGCACUCCAAUGAUCCCUACCACCAGUACAUCGUGGAGGACUGGGGGGAGAAGUACAAGAACCAGGUUCUGAACCCAGAUGAUCUCAAGUGUGUGAUCCACGAAAACCUGGGGGCGAGGGAUAAAACAAGCCCAGAGUCACCUUGACUUUCUGGAACGCCAGCAGUGAGGGAUUCAUGGAGUCACACAGAAGGAAUUCACUGGAAUUCCAAAGAGCUGUGGGAGUGUUGAUUAAAUUUACACACAGGUCAAUGGAUAAUGGAGUCCUGAGGAAAUCAAUGUCAUGGUUCCUGUGAGGAUCUUGGGAAAGUGCAAGAAAAAUCUGUGAUUGUGCUUCCCUUUGAUAGUCUGUCCUUUGGGAAAAUAAAGCCAUGACAGGGAUAACUUGA